CUGACCUCGAAUUUCUGAACUCGCGCUUUUUUAUCACCCUCUCCGUCCGCGGUUGGCACGUGUCAGAAAAGAAUGGAAGGCGCAAAGACGACGAAGGCGGGCCAGAAGAGGCCAAAACCAGCCCCCGAGGAGUCAUCUGGUGAUGACGGAGGUCUCCAGAUCGACGUGGAGGCCAAGAAAACUGGCGGUAAGAAGCAAACGAGCAACGCCAGGCCCAGGAAGAAGGCCAGCGCUCCAGCGAGAGCCUCUGCCGAGGAGUGGGGAGUUGGGGACCUAGUGUGGGCAAAAGUGUCCGGAUUCGUUCACUGGCCGGCUAAAGUGUUUGACCCAUCCAAUGAGCUGAUACCUGACUACCUGAGAGAGCCUCCCAAACCAAACUAUAGCCUCGUCAGGUUCCUGGGAACCUACGACAUCCAGUGGGCCAGCACCAGACAAAUAGAGUCGUACGAGGCUGGACUGAAGAAGAGACUCCACACAAAGAGCAGGAGUAAGCUCUUUGCUAAAGCCCUGGCGGAGGUAAAGGUGUUCAAGGAAAAGGGAGAACUACCAAAGGAUAUGAACGAGAAGCCUCCUCUGCCUGACAGUCAGGAGGAGAGUGAGGAGGAGGAGGAGGAGGAGGAAGAGAGAGAGGAGGAGGAAAAGGUCCCAGUAAAGGUGGGCACUAAAAGGAAAGCUCCGGGUAAGGGGGCUGUGAAGGGAGGUCGUAAGGUGAAGGUUUUGGACACGGAGGAGACCAGUGACCCAGCUGGAGAGGAGACUCGUGACAAGGAGAAUGGAGAGAAGAAGACAUGAUGAGAGGCCCUCGCGCUCUCACUCACCUCCCACCCUCCCUCUCCUCACAUAAAUCACUCACUCCACUCCUUUGAACCUUUGUCCCAUGCCUCGUAUUGGUUUUGUACGAUACAUGCACCUUUUGAACACAGUUCCAUUAUCUGUAUAUACAAUGUAUUACGCGGCACUCUGUGAAUAAUACUCUUCACUGAUGAUGGUAUAUGCAGUGAACCCCAGUGGUGAUAGACUGAAACUAUGACUGGUGAUGAUAACAGGGGUUAGUUGAUUAGCAAUAGAACUGUGUUAGCUGGUGAGAAUGUUUACUUGAACUCGUGUUGACUGGCAGACACGGCCAUAUCUUCUGUCGG